UGAGAAAGGUGCUGAUGUAUUCUUCGUUGUUGUACAUGCGUACUGAUUCUGGCCCGGACAAAUAUUCCUCCACCAACUUUCGCCGCGUCCUAGAGCAUUCAUGUGGAACAUAUGGUACUGAUUGAGUGGCUCACGGACACAUACGCACACACUGCAGAUAAUAUGGACAUCCAGGAAGUAAGUGCAUCCUUAGUGAUCCUUACAUACAAACUGGCCUGAGCAAGGAAUUUGUAGUGCGCCAGCGGCCCAGGGGAACAGCUGAAGGCAGAGCCAGAAGCACAGAGUGAGGAGCUGCCUCACCAACCAGUACCGCAGCUUUUCCCCUACUAGCUAGCAGUAAGUGGUAACGUGUGAUCUUCGUAAAGUUCUCAACGCCAUUUUGUUGCAGUGAUCUCCAGCACAAUGAUGCCUUUGGCUUAGCCAAUUCGUGGCGGACUGCUGCUACUGCUAUCACUUUUACCACCAGUAUUCACUAAUGCAAGCCGUCCUCUGGAUGUGCCUGAUACUGUGAUAGUGAUACAACAGUGGGAAUAGCCGGUACACCCAGCAGGUAGAUCUACUAGUUGCAGGUACUAGGUCCAUCACUUCCUGUGCGUAGAAAGUCAUCUUCAUUACCCUAGUCCGUAGGUUAGUUUCCGGCCAAGCCUACCUGCCGCUACGAACACGUACAGCAAGUAUAGCAAGUGCAGCGAAUACAGUAAGUACAGCAAGUACAAGGCAAGAGACCUGCUAGCCACCGAGGCGUUCAACGGAGCGUUCACGUCUACCAAAAAAAGUUGGUUCGUCCGGACAGGGACGAGCAGCAGCAGCCAUGUCCUGCUGCUUAUCCGAGGAGAACCGGGAGGCACAACGCAUCAACAAAGAGAUCGACAGGCAGUUGAAGCGCACCAAGACUGCGCUACAUCGCGAGAUCAAGCUGCUGCUCUUAGGUGCCGGAGAGUCUGGAAAGAGUACAUUCGUGAAGCAGAUGAGAAUCAUCCAUGGCCAGGGCUAUUCGAAGAAAGACCGGUCUGAUUUCCGCCAAUAUAUCUACCAGAACAUCUUCAUGUCAAUGCAGGCUAUGUUGGAAGCCAUGGACAAGCUUGGCAUUGAAUUGUCUGAUACGGAUAACAAGCCGCAUGCGAUGGCCAUUGCGGCAAUCACACCGGACUUAGUGACGGAAUUCCUACCCGAGUAUGCUGAUAUGUUGGAGCAACUGUGGGCAGAUAAAGGAGUGCAGGCGUGCUACAGCAGACGAAGAGAGUAUCAGCUUAGCACUUCUACCGAUUUCUACUACAGCUCGCUGCGAAGAAUUGCUGAUCCCAUGUUUGUCCCAACGGAACAGGACGUGCUGAGAGUUCGUAUACCUACUACCGGACUCAACGAAUAUCCUUUCGACUUCACGGAGAGGAGAGUGCGCUUCCGCGUAAUCGACGUUGGGGGACAGCGCUCGGAGCGAAGGAAAUGGAUUCACUGCUUCGAGAACGUGCUCAGUGUGAUCUUCCUCGCUGCCAUGAGCGAAUACGAUGAGGUGCUGGUAGAGGAUGCCGAACAGAAUCGCUUGGAGGAGAGCCUAGCGUUGUUUGAGAGCAUUCUCACAGCACAGUGGUUCAGAAAGGCGUCGUUCAUCCUCUUUCUCAACAAGAAGGACUUACUGGCGGACAAGUUGAAAGCAUCUAAUCUUCAGGACUACUUUCCAGAGUAUGAAGGUCCCUAUGAUGAUCAAACUGAUGAAGAAGCUGCAAAAGAGUUCAUCCGAGACAUGUACCUGGCUGUAACGGAAGGUGACGAUGAGCGCACCAUCUACUGGCACUACACUUGUGCAACGGAUACAGAGAAUAUUCGUUUUGUGUUCGACUCAGUCAAGGAAACCCUGAUCACCCGUGCGAUUGAGGGUAUUUCCCUGAAUUGAGCUGUCUCUGAUUGCUGGUGAGGGAGGUAUCAAGCUAGGCUGAGUUCUGGCUGAACACAUGAACGUUUUGACAUGCAGUUAGAUGGUUACAGAUAGGUUUGGCCUUCUGCCGUUUUGUGGUGCAAGAGAGGGACGGCCAGUACACAUGCGCGCGUGUGUGUGUGUGUGUGUGUGUGUGUGUGUGUGUGUGUGUGUGUGUGUGUGUGUGCAUGUGUGCGUGCGUGCGUGUGUGUGCGCACGCGUGUGAGCUCUUGUUUCCAUGCACUUCCAGCACAAACUUGCAUGGAUGUGUGUGUAUAUACUUCAGGUAGUUGGUUUCUCGUUCUCAGUGACUCCACAGGUUUCAAUUCAUUUUCCCACUUGUGACUCAAACGGGUAGUAGUAUUUUUUUGUGCAGCCUGCGACUGUUCCGGUACUGGAAUAUACAUGCCGGUGCGAGUAGCAAGGAUGCCCAUUCUUGAGCCAGCUUCCAUGGACAGCCGAGCAUAUUCCAUCGUCACUUUCAAAUCCAAACUCAACUCUCAGGCAGAACACGCAGCCGAACUCACACCACCCUAACACCUCCUAUCUCAUUUACGUCUUCUUUGUCCGGCUGGCAUGUAGAUGCCAUGCAGUGAAUUGCUGACAGAUACAUGGACAAGCCAUGCGGCCACUCAGUACAGACACAUGUACACGAGGAUGAGCUAUGCGGCCACUCAGUUGUCUGCAUGUUCUAUACCUAUUAGUGAUAUUUUGUGCAAACAGCCAAUAGCUGAAUUGUGAAAUUGUAACAUUACUUACUCUCAGUAUCUUUUCGUAUCAUUCUGUGAGAGUCUUACAGCCCUUGUAUGGCUGGUGAGAAGGCAUGACUCGUAGUUGCCUGUUCGUUUGAUGAAGUGAAAUAAAGAAUACUGUAUACCAUA